CAGCGCGGCAAGAAGAAGAAGCGCCAAUACGUGGAAAAACAUGUAUAAUUCCAUUGAAAUACCAGACUCCGACGACGAUAUGCCAGAACCAGCAACGGCUAUGGCAAAAUCAAUAACCCGCGAUAGUCAAAUUAACGAGCAUACUCCAGAAAAACAAAGAAAAAUCUCAGUACCCAGUUCAGCAGAGACGAGCAGUACCAGAACAUCUGAAUUUUCACCGUCAGAUGCAUCUAGCAACUGCCCACCGAUAGAUAUAAACAGCAAACAAGUGAGACAUAGAUCGAGAAAAACGCAACAUACAGUUCGCAAUGCGGCCGAAAAUGAAAUACAAUUUGAGACAAUACCGCUCGAUGAUGAGGCCACCGAGAGUGGUGUUCAUCAAUCCGUUCAAGAAGACAAACGUCUAAAGGAUAGCAAGAACCUAAGACUUGCCAUUGGCAAUAUGGUAAACACAGAAGAAGUGCAGGCGAUUGUUCAGCGAAUCGCUAAUGAGCGAGUGCGUUGUAAUUUUUUGCUGGCCACCUAUCAGCUGCCAGACAUAAAUUUUGCACUAAACACGCCCAUCGAAGCGCUCAAGUUACAGUUUCAGGAACGCCUCAAGCAGCGCAGGGAGCGCACAAAUACAACAAAUUCCCCAAACACAGCUACAACAAGUAACCCGCAAGUCACAAUAAAAACUAAUUCUGAAAAGCUAUAAUUGUUAAGUACAAAUUUUAUUGUAAGCGUAAAGGAAAAUUAGUUG